UGCCAUCUGACAUUAAUAAUCUGCUGACCAAUUUAAUCAAAAUAAGUUGGACAUCUAUAAGUGGGCUUGAAUUUAAAAUAAGGCAGUAUUUAUGAGAAGAAGACAUAUGUGUCUAAACAUACACAAAUCCACAGAUCAAACAUACCAGCAGUUCUAAUUACUUUAUUAACUUGAUGUUUGCAUUUGCCAUUUGGUUGAUAAGGUAUUUGUGGUUUUGAGUGUCACUACAUAAGUUAUAGUGUAUUUUGGGCCAAUUCUGAGUCUUGUUGAUAUUCUGGUCUCCAGAUAUGACUUUAGUCCCUCCUACAAUGUAGAUCUAAGGGAUUUAUUAUGUCAGGGACCAUGAUUUGGUGAAUGUCCAGCAUACAACCUACCGAGACUCAUCACCAUAUUAUCACAAAGUAUAACUGUUUAAAAAAAAAAUUAAUGAAAAAUGAAAAAGAACCUUAACGUUAGGCCCUACCUAAUAAAUUUCUUAAACAGCUGACCUGGGUUACAUCUGAGAACUGGUAAAUUAUAUGUAAGUAAACAGUGUGUUGAUAAGUAAAGCUGACGCUUUAAGUGGAUACAAUAUAUAUCAAUAAGGUAAUAUUGUGUACCUCUUUAUAAUAUAUUACAAUAAACAUGAUCAACAGAUAUGAUAAAGUAUUUUUAAUUUUAGCAAACAUGUUUCAAGCAUUAUUUGAUAGUAGCAAAACAGAAACUAGUUCUAUGAGAUUAUGCAAACUGAAAAAAAAAAAAAAAAACAUUUGUGAGAACUCCCUGUGGGUGUGUAUGUCAGCAAGUGAUGAAAUAAGUUAUAAAUGAAGGUAGUGAUCUAUGAGGAGGUUGUCUUAACACAGCAUUAGCGCGUCUGUAUCAUGCAGAACCACAGCGGUUCCAGUUUAAACUCCACCAGCUGGACGACCGUUGACCUGGUCAGCAGUGGUCUGAUGAGUCUCUGCUUCAUGAUUGGAGUUCCUGGUAAUAUUGCUGUAAUUCUUUUCAUUGUUCAACAUUUCAAAAAGGAAAAUUUCACCGUUCAACUGAUGCUGAAUCUGGCAGCUUCAGACAUCUUGUGUUUGAUAACCCUGCCUGUGUGGAUCUACAAUGUCCUAAACAGCAUUGACCAAUCAACCUGCAAGCUUUUCACAGCACUCGUCUACUGCAGCAUGUACUCAAGUGUGAUAACAGUAACUAUGCUGAGUGUCUAUCGUUGUUUACGGAUUCGGCAUCUACAGCUGUGGUCCAGAAUGAGCAGAAGAAGAGAGAGAGCGCUGCUGUUCUGUGGCUGGGCUCUGUCACUGCUUUUCUCUUGUCCUGGUGUACUUACACAAGAGAUCAUUGAAAGUGAAUCCAAAAUGGAGUGUGAAAGAAACCUGAAUACAAAUGCCAAGCUUAUUGUUGCUGUAAUGGAGUCGCUGCUUGGAUUUCUUCUUCCAUUCACAAUCAUGUUGACUUCAUAUUAUUACUUACACAAAAUGGCCACACAGGGAGCGUUCAGACAGAGCUAUAGACCAACCAAACUGGUGACCCGGAUUGUCAUACUUUUCUUCAUUUUUUGGGCUCCGCACCAAAUAAUAAAAUUAGAAGAAAUUUGUGCAAACAUUUUUAAAUCACAGUCAGUUCUAUCUCCUGUCGGGGACAUUGCUGGAAGUCUUCCAUUCAUCAACAGUUGUGUGAAUCCAUUCCUCUAUGCUUUUUCCUCAAAGAGUUUAGAUCAACACAAAAAGUCAGUGGAGUCCAAGAGAACUAAAGGCUCACAACACUCACAGAGGGAUCAUUCAAGAGCCGUGAACAGCUCACUGACCCCUAGUAAAACCUGACACCUGAAUAUGGACUAAAGAAUCAUGUUGUAUCAACAUAUUGCAUUUUAAAGUUUUAAAUUUGGACCAUGAUAUAAGCACCUUUAAAAAUGCAUUUCAAUGAAUUAAUAAGCAUAAUUAUAAGCAUUACUUUUUAAAGUUUUUGAUGAGCUCACUACUUUAUUGCAUCUCUAACCGUAUAAUAUAAGAGGCCAUUGUAAUGCAAGAACUAUUAUCACUUUGAACUAAUGCAUAAACGAAAGCACUGUCUAGACAACACCAUCAUAUUGGUUAAAAGUGAUACUGUUCAGAUGCAUUAAACAUGCUUUUGUUGUUGUUGUUGUUAUUCAUCAAUCAUUAUUUUACAUUUAAAUCUAUUAUAAAUUUGAGAUGGUGCUUUAACAAAUGUAAAAUGCACAUUGUUUUGUGACUUGAUGUAUCUGACAUAAUACUCAAUUAUUAUUAAGCCCUUGUGUGAACUGUGUGUUUGAGGAAUGGCAAAGCUAUAUUGGCGUUUAGUGUUGAAGCCUAUCUACAGUACAAUCUAAUGAUAGUAGCUCACUCAUCUGUUAGCCACUUGUGCAAUAAUGUUGCAAAAACCUAGAAAAACACUAUUUCAAAGGCAGCUAAGCUACUGUCACAAGUUUAGAAACAUCAGCUGAGCAAUGAGUAAUUUUUGUGUUAGUUUGAAUCUGUUCCUGUUUCCAUUCAGAUCACAUCAUUUAUUUCCCACAAGACAGUGAUUAAGACUGAUAUGGUUUGUGAUUAAUAAAGGAAGUCAGGUUCUUUGAAAUGGUUUUGUUAACUUGCACUUAUCAGCACAAAAUGUUGCAAUAUCCCACUGAAAUGUAGUAAGUAUUUUCAAUUUAUAGCAGUAUUACUUUAAAUUAUACCAUGUUUUGGAUUAGUUUAUUUGUAAUAGUAACUAUACCAUAGAGGACCUUUGUAUUUUUCUGACUUAAACUACAAUAAAAGAAUAAAUCAUG